GUCAGUUUGACUGUUUUUCGUCGUGUUUUUCUAAUUCUUUGCGUUUCUGUUUUUAUUGAAUUACACUGUCAAUAAUCUAAUAAAAGCCUGUGACUUAAUUUAUAUAGUGGUUUUGAAGCAGUAAUGGAAACAAACUAAAGUAGGUUUAAGUUAUAGUGACCCGUUUCCAAAAUGACUACUCUACUUUCCGCAGAACUUUCAGCUACUUGCAACGCUUUAGGAACUUUUGAUAAAAAAUCAGAAAAGUAUUUAAUAGACGAUUUUACACUUAACACGGUAAAAGAUUUGAUUAGAUAUCUUCGAAGAGAUGGAGAAGAUCAUGAAAUUAGAAGACAUUUUGGUCAAACUAAAGUAUUACAAACUGAUUUGAUACCAAUGCUGGUUACUCAUUGGGAAAAUGAAGAAUUAUUCGAUGUAACAUUAAGGCUACUAGUUAAUUUGACCAAUCCAGCGUUGUUAUUAUACAGAGAGGAGGUACCUGUUGAAAGAACUGCACGCCACAAUUACUUGCAAAUCUUGUCUCAUUUGCAAUCUUACAAGGAAGAGGCAUUUACAAAGGUGGAAACAUGGAAUGUGUUUGCCAAAAAAUUAGCUAAAGUAUUAGAAAUUGAUUGGAGUGAGCGAGAUGAAGACACGGGCCUGGUAAUUGAAAGAAUAUUGAUUCUGAUUAGGAACAUAUUACAUGUGCCUGCUGAUCUAGAUAAAGAAAGGAGGCCAGAAAAUGAUGCGAGUAUACAUGAUCAAGUACUCUGGGCUCUAAAUCAAGCUGGUAUUCUUGAUAUAAUAUUGUAUAUGUCAUCUGAAAACGAAAAACAGUAUUUCAUGCACAUCCUAGAAAUAAUAUCUCAUUUAUUGAGAGAGCAAAAUCCAAAUAGUUUAGCCGAUGCAGCAUUACAGAGGAGCGUAGAUGAAAAACUCAGAGAUGAGCAAGAACUUCUUUCAUUGAGAAUGACAGAAAACAAGAACAGAAUAAAUAAAAUUAAACAAUAUUCAGCAUCAAGGCAUUCGCGUUUCGGUGGCACCUAUGUUGUUCAAAACAUGAAAUCAUUAUCUGAAAAUGAAAUUAUAUGCUUGAAACCUUUAAAUAAAAUAUCAAAUUUAGAUUUUAGUGGCAGUAAAAAAUCAAAAUUUAUAAGACCAAAAAAUAGAAGACCUGUGGAAAGUGGCACAAUGGAAAGGAGAUCGGCAUUUGCUAUUAGAUUAUUUUUGAAAGAAUUUUGUAUAGAAUUUUUAAACAGCUCCUAUAACCCUUUGAUGCAUUAUGUGAAAGAUGUUCUAGUCAGAGCUAGGGCUCAGCAAAAUGAUGAGUCUUACUACUUAUGGGCUGUGAAAUUUUUCAUGGAGUUCAAUAGAGGAUAUAACUUCCAAGUAGGCCUAGUCAGUGAAACCAUGUCUGUACCCAUGUUUCAUUAUGUACAGCAACAAAUGGAGAAAUAUUAUGACAUGAUUAAAUUAGAGAAGAAGAAAUUCACCCCUUGGGUUAGACGGCUCCAUUUGUCUCUGAGAGCAUACAAAGAACUUUUAAAUACAUUGUUAGCAAUGGAAAAAACCACAGAUCAAUCGGUCAAAGAUUCUGCAAAAGUUCUUAAAAGUAAUAUAUUUUAUGUUCUUGAAUAUAGAGAGUUCAUACUUGAUACAGUAUUGAAUUUUGAUGAAAAUAAAAUGCCCAGAUCGUAUCUUGUUGACUUAAUAGAAACAGUACAUUUGUUUUUAAAAAUGCUAGAACAUUACUGCAAGAAAACUGGUUUAGUGGUACAGAAAAAAGUAAGAAAGAAAACUAAAUCUAAAAAGCGGAAACAGCCGGUUGCUCGUCGCGUGGUUGAGCGUAUUGCACCUACUUGGGAAGAGGUCCGCGCUCAAUUGGCGGUGGUGCUCAGUGCCGACGUGCAAGAACAUCCGCCGCCGUUCGAUGCCGCCUCCGACGUUCCUAUAGACCAACAAAAAGAGGAUUGUAUGAAGAAUAUUCAAAAACACAUGAAGGUACAUAAGUUUGAAGAUGCUGUGGGAAUGUUUAGAGCAGCAAGAGAUGUGUGGCCUGAAGAUGGUAUAUUCGGUGAAAUCGGUAUACAAGCAGACGAAGAACUCAACAUGCUAGAAACCAUAUAUAAUACUGAUUUAGAUAUCGAAUUAACAGACGAAGUUAUUAACGACACCGAAGAAGCAUCACAGAUAAACUCUGAAUAUGAGGAUGAAGAAGAAGGUGAAGAAGAGAAGACUUCAGCUGUAGUCGAAACUAAUUUUGAUUUUAAUGACUUCGUCUUAAGGUUUUGUAAUGCCCGUGUAGUGAAUGCAUGUAUAUCAUUGCUGGAACGCUACGAUAAAAAUCUUCCACACACAAACCACUGUAUAAUGAAAAUGCUGCACAGAAUAGCUUGGGACUCUAAAUUACCAACGAUGAUGUUCCAAGCAACUUUAUUUCUUAUUUUCCAAAAGAUAUUUGACAAUCCAAUGCCACAGUAUAAGGAAAUAGAGAAAUUCGCAAUCUUCAUCUUUAGAAAAUUUACCGAAGUAGCUUCGAGAAAUCCUAAAGUAUAUAUCGAGUUACUCUUUUGGAAGGACUCCAAAGAUGCGAUUGAUAUUGAACAGGGUUAUGACAUUUCCACCAAUCAAAGGGACAAGCCCGGCGUAGGUUCGUGGACUCUCGAACAAGAGGAGGAACUGAGGACACUUUAUAUGGAAAACCAGACUAACCCCGCCACAAAUCAAGAUGUCAUAGACUGGAUUCUGGAAAAUUUAAUCGACCAGACUCGUACUCGCCGAGGCGUGAUAAAGAAACUUAAGGAACUCGGACUGAUAUUCAAAGCACCUACUAAGCGAAGUAAUCGAGAGAAUGCCAAGGAGAAAACACCAAAAGUGUUUAGUGAAGAGGAGGAUUGUCUAUUAAAAGAGUUGUGGGAACAAUACGGAGAUUCGCAAGAUCCAAUGAGCGUAAUAAUAGCACGUAUGCCGCGUAAACGUCAAAAGCGUAGCUAUGUAGACAGAAUGCUCGAGUUGGGCAUUAUAAAAGAUAAGAAUGAAUGCCGUAAAAAGAGGCAAAAGAAAUCGAACGCUAAAAGCACUGAAACAGACGACGAUAAAUCCGACGACGGCAGCCAAUCAGAAUCUGAUUCGGAUUCAGAUAUUAGCACGAGGUCUCCACCCCCACAGACUAAAGUCAAACCGACCAAAAAAUCGAAAAAGCCUAAUGAAACUAAUAGAAGUAAAAGAAAAGCAAAAGUAGAACUUACGGCUAACGAAAUUGCGAAACUAUUAGUGGAGGCCGUUGAUAGCGGACUGAUUGAAAGUCUAAAAUGGCUGGCGGAAAAUUUGGAAGAAGUGGCUUUGGAUCAAGAAGCCGAAGGGUAUAAUCCGAACUCGGAAGGGACGCCUCUUGUACCAAUUUCGGAAGAAGCAGUCGACGCAAUGGAAAACGAAUUAUUUCAGCGAGUACUGAAAGGCGUGGGCGUCACUCCGCCUAGCGAUGAACAAGAAGCUUAUUGGAGAAUACCCAGUGACUUACAUUUCGAAACUAUCAGAAAAAGGAGGGAAAUAAUAAUAAAAGCAGUUAACAAAGAACUUAUAAUAGAUACAUCUGUGAUUGCGCUCACGGAAGUGAAAGUAACAGAAACAGACAAUAACACUAAGGAUGAUUCAAGUGAUGACGACAAUUUGUUUGAUAGUUUACGCAAACUACGCGAUAACAAUUCGGCCAUAUUGCAAAAUGAGAGCAAUGGAAGCCUAACAAAAUCUAUGGAUGUUAAACGUAAUAAUAAACGCAGUCGCAGCGUCGACCCUGAAGAGAAAAGCGGCAGAGAGAAAAUGCAGAAAAUAGAUGAAGGUGAUGAAGACAGUUAUAAGGAUGAAGAUGAAGACAUUUUAACGUUUGCUAAGAAAACGCUCCAACACGAAGAUUUGCCGGACACUGAAGAUAUUUUGAUUGGCAUCCCGACAUCUAACGAUGACAGUGAUAAAGAAGACGAAGAUAUCGUAUUACCGAUGAAGCGUGAUAAAAAACGUCGAAUUGUGAUUGAUGAUGAUUCCGAUUAGCCGAUCGAUCAUAUGGAUGUAUGUUAAUAAACGCAUUUUCUUAAAUUCUU